CGCACAUAUACACACAUAACCUAUAAUUCUUUCUUUCCUCUUUCACUUUCACACACACACACUCUCUCUCUCUCUCUUUCUGUAUUUUAUUUUAUUUUAUUUCCCUUGCUAAUGAUACCUUCCACUACAGUUGAUGUGUGGGGGCCUUUGACUAUGGCGCUGCUGGCCAGCAUGACUCAAGCACUCGGCAUUUCACUCCAAAGACGCUCCCAUCUGACCCAUGCUCAUUUCGAAACUGCCCUUUAUCGACAACCCAUGUGGGUAAUAGGCUUUCUAGUCUACACGAUCAGUAACAUUGUCGGGUCAACUUGCUCGAUUGGAUACCUCCCACUUGUUAUUUUGGCUCCUAUUGGUGCCAUGGGUCUUGUUUUUAAUGCCAUUUUUGCACGUUGGGUUCUUGGUGAACCAUUCAGUGCACGUACUAUACAAGGAACCACGUUGAUUGUGCUGGGUGCAAUGCUCGUGGCAGGAUUUGGAGUAGUCCCCGAGCCAAGCCAUACUCUUCAAGAUCUGAUUACACUAUACAAGCGACCUGCGUUUAUAUUCUAUUUCGCCGUAAUUGAAUUAUUGACUUGUUUGGGACUAUUGGGAACUCAUAUUGUGGAGUAUGGAAUGAACAGUGGCUAUCAAGGAGGUAUCUAUAAUCAUCCUGACUUAAAGAUGUGGUUGGGUAUCAGCUUUGGAGUACUUGGUGCAAAUAUCAGUAGCCAGGCCAUGCUGUUUGCUAAGAGUGGAUUAGAAUUACUUAUUCUGACAGUAUUCCAUGGAGAAAACCAAUUUAUAUAUCCUUUAACAUGGGUAUUAGUUGCUGCCCUUGUGUUUACUGCUGUUCUUCAGCUGUAUUACCUUAAUCGGGGGGUCCAAUUGUGCGAUACGAUUAUCCUGGUCCCACUCAAUUUCUGUUCAUUCAAUGUCUCGUGCUUAUUUAAUUCCUUGGUGUAUUACAACCAAUGGGACCGUCUGUUCUGGUGGCAAGUCGUGGCUGUCUUGGUUGGAAUUGCUAUCCUAGUUUGUGGUGUACUGGUCAUUUCAUGGCAGCCUCUGGACCGUCGUCCCGAUUACUCCGUCAAACCUACACAUGAAGAAGACACUCAGCCCUGGAAACGAUCCAAAACCGAUCCAGACGAGCGAACCACGCUUCUUCACUCCUAA